UUAUAUAUUAACUUCUUCAACCAACCACCGCCCACAACAACCACUUUUCUUUUUCCCUUUUGCUCUCCUCUUCUUCUUCACCAAAUUUCUUCACAAUCAUGAACAUGAAGUUGCCUCUCCCUGCUCUGUUUGCUGCUCCUCUUGCCUUCUUCUUCUUCGCCGUUGCCGCUGCCGAUCCCGAUCUUCUUCAAGACGUUUGCGUCGCAGAUCUUGCUUCAGGAAUCAAGGUAAACGGAUUCACCUGCAAGUCGAAUUUCUCAGCAAACGAUUUCUUCUUCGACGGAUUGGCCAAACCAGGCGCCACGAACAAUAGCCUUGGCUCGCGAGUAACCGGCGCCAAUGUCCAAUCAAUCCCCGGCCUGAACACACUCGGCGUCUCCCUCUCGCGGAUCGAUUACGCCCCUGACGGCCUUAAUCCACCGCACACGCAUCCACGCGCCACCGAGAUCGUGUUCGUCCUCGAUGGCGAGCUCGACGUCGGCUUCAUAACGACCGCUAAUGUCCUCGUCUCGAAGUCGAUCAAGAAGGGCGAGAUCUUCGUCUUCCCCAAGGGAUUAGUCCAUUUCCAGAAAAACAACGGCAAGGUUCCGGCGGCGGUAAUUUCGGCGUUUAACAGCCAGUUGCCUGGUACUCAAUCGAUUGCGGCGACGCUUUUCGCCGCAUCUCCGCCGGUGCCUGAUAAUGUUUUGACGAAGGCGUUUCAGAUUGAGACAAAAGAGGUCAAGAAGAUCAAAUCCAAGCUUGCUCCGAAAUAAUAGAGCAAAUCAAUGGAGGUUUCUGUAAAUUGAAGAUUGUAUUUGGAUUUCUGUUCUUUUUUUUUUUUCACUGAUUGAUCGAGUAAGAAUUAGGAUUUGGGGAUUUGUUUUUCUCCUGUUUUUUUCAAUUGGGAUCAUUUUUUUCACUCGUGUUUUAUAUAGUUUUCUUCCGUUAUUAGCAUGAACUCGAUCACCCUAAACAAAGUUAGGA